AUGGACCUUUCACAGGAACUCGAAGCCUUGUCAAUUGCAACCAAAGAAAAAAAGUAUGAUGAAUUUCUAGACAAGCUAGGGACCUUACAACAUGUCGAAAAAGAAGCAAAAUUUAGAGAUCUUUUAAAUAAAUUUAAACAAUUUCCUACAAGCUCAGGUAUUAUUAAAUCUAUUCACAAUAACGAAAAUUUGACGCAGUACCAAAAAGAUGAAUAUCUCGGAACAGCAAUUAUGAAACGAAUCUAUUUAUUCGCAAUGAAUCAUGAACUUACACACAUUCUCUUUGAGUCUAUGAAACUUUCCAACAAUAAUACUCUUGGAUCCGGCGUAGAUGGUAAACAACUUGAACAAGUUAUCAAAGAGUGUCAAAAGAAGCAUUGGAAGUUUCAUAAAACUAAUUGUAAAUCUGAUAUCGCAUCAAAAGAUUGGUACCCUGACUAUAUCAAGGAAGAGAGAAUGCCAACAUUCCUUUUAGAUAGUCCGUCUUUUAACACUUUUGUAGGAGUAGAAUAUUUAUGGGGAAAUAUGCCCGCAAUUGAUAUUGUUAAAAUAGCUUCUAACGAACUUGCAGGAGGCAAAUCAAGUUUUAAUGAGCCCAUCAAUCUUCUCUUUGCUGCAAGUGGAGAUCUCAAUGAUAUUAUUAUGUCAGUGAAUGGAAUACCACUCGAUUUCAAUCAACCAGUUAAUAUUUGUGUUAAUGAUUUUGCCGAAAGGGUUGUGGUUCGAAAUUUUAUAAUACUUUAUCUAUUUGCAAAGCUUGGAAAGAAUGCUAUUGAUAUCGCUAUUCAUAUUUGGUACUCAUCAGCACUUACUGAUGAGCAAAUGAUUGGAUGCUUUGGAAUAUUUAAUACUGUUUUUCAAGAUUUAUUAGGUUCGAAUAUGUCAGGUUCACGGAUUACGGAAGAAUAUGAAUUUAAGUGUGAUAAAGUUAAGAUUUGUACACAUUUUAGUCCUAAGACGUGGAUGUGCCUCGCAGAAAUGCUUGAAAAUAGCACUGAUCUACAAACAGGUGUAAUGUUGCGCAAUAAAAUUAUGUUAGACCCAGCACGUAUAGAUUAUCGACACCGACAUAUGCAGGCUCUUACGCCAGGAGAACGGAUUUAUCCAACAUAUGGUUGGCUAUUGCCUGAUAAUUCAGAACCACUUUCAGGAUGGGAUAUAUCUAGCGUUGUCCAGGUUAAGCAUGGAACAGCAGACGAAGACCUUUAUGGAAAACUUUACUUUUAUCUCCGUGAACAAUUUGGGAUAUUCAUUGAUCGAUUGGAAAAUUUGACAAUUAAUUUUGAUUUGUAUGAUGAGGAUGCACUCGAACUUGGUAAAAAAUUAAAAAGCAAACGAUUUGAUAGAAUUUAUGUAAAUAAUAUUAGUGACGAAUCAUAUGUUGAUAAUAAUGUAAUGGCUAAAAUUUUUAAUAUUAUGGAUGAAAUCUCUAAUGAAACUAAUGCGUUAUAUGAUCAUACUCAAGCAUUUGAAACAUAUAUGGAAACGAAGGGAGCGAAUAAAACUGCGAAAAAGGUCGGAUUACGUCGUCGAACGGUUCAUAGAAUCGUACCUAAGAGAGUUGGUGUCAGUAUGAGGGAAGAUGAGCAAAACAAUGUGCUAUCGCUUGAAAAUGAAAGAGAUAGACAUUUAUUACUUGGUGUUGGAAUGAACACAUUUUUAGAACGUUAUGUCGAGUGGGAGGUUGUGGCUUAA